AUGUCAUCUUCUCUGUCCCGUUUUCUUUUAGGGUUUCUCGUGUUUUGGGUUGAUGGCGACAGUUUUGAAAUGGCGGUAAUGAAAGAAGAGUUAGUUGGUCUAUUUGAGAUUAUGGGUUUACUUAUGGAAGAUCCCACCUCAGCCCAAAUGCACCAUCUACCUUGCACCGACACUCCAUGGCCUGGUCAACAAGCUCGGACUGUAAUCUUUCAUGUCACAAAGAUUCAUGUUGGCCUUGAUAUUCUCACAUCACCUUGCAAAUCUACUGCUCAAAUUAUUGAACAAAUUGAGAAUGAAAUGAACUGA